AAUAUUAGGCUCUGAAUAAUUCAACACUUUUACAUUGAUUUUUAUAGUUAAGAUGAUGUGUGCUUGGAUAGCGUUAGUAUUUUGUACGAAUUGCUUUUAUUUGGCAGAAUGUUUAAUACCCAUGCUAACUGUCCGAUAUGUGGACCAAAAACUUAUUGAUAGAAAAAGGCAGGACACUUUAGAAAUUUGUCGAUUAUUUAACCAAGAAAUAAAGUAUCUUGAAGCGGUCAACGCCACGAACUAUACAUUAAAUAAUUCAAGUAAUAAUAGAGCUAAAAGAGAGGUAAGGGCAGAUGUCGAUAACCCUUUAUUAAAAGAUGAGGAUAUAGAAAGAGUUGAAAGUAUAGUCGACAAAAUAUACGACGACAUGCAACAAAAUGGCAGCCCCGUGACCUACAGGCGGAGAUUCCUUAAUGAAGAGGAUAAGAAAAAAAUACAAAGUAGAAGAUUUAAUUUUGCACCCGCCGAACUACUUGGUCCCAAGGAAGAUAAGGAUGACCAUAAAAUUUUGAAUGAUGAUGAGGUUAAAAUACCUUGGAUUAAGAAAUGGAAGCAUGGCAUUGUACCGUUUUUUAUUGAUCCUAAUACUUACGAUUCUAUAUUAGCCGAAACAAUUCUGAAGGCUUUUGAAUAUAUCGAAAAAGUGACUUGCAUCCGUCUCCAACGACUCCGUGAGAGACCAACUGAUGUACAGUCUUUGCAGAAUGUCGAAUGGUUGUACAUCAGCAACCCUUUAGGGUUAAAACAAUGCGUUCACAGCAAUGAACGCAAGCCGAACUCAGGAGUUCAGAUGGUUGUUUUUGGUUACGACUGCUUGUCGCAGGGUGAAAUAUCCCACGAAAUAAUGCACGUUUUAGGUUUUUCUCACGAACACACGCGGUCUGAUAGAGACAAACAUAUCGACAUCUUAUGGGAUAACAUUAAACCUGGGUACAAGAAAUAUUUCGAAAUAAGAAAAGAUGAUCCACUACUUGUUUUGCCGUAUGACUACAAAAGCGUCUUACAUUAUCCAUCGAGGGCAUUUUCAAAAAACGGUCAACAGACCGUUAAAGCGCAAGCGGCAGUUAAAAUUGGCCAAAGAGAAGCUCUCAGCGCAUUGGAUGUUGAAAAAAUUGGAAUGAUAUAUGGUGCGGAAUGUGUAGAUCGUAAUAAAGAUUAUUUGACGAAAACAUGCCCAAGUGCAAUGAGCACAAAUCUCAACUCUGUUGUUGCAACUCAAGACGAAAUUGAUAAAUACUUCGAAAAUAGAAUCUGGCCGUAUGCACUUGUUAAUUACAAGAUAAGAAAUAAUUUGGAAUUUACCGCUGAGGAAAAAGAUAACAUAAAAGCUGUUCUAAAACAUAUUGAAAAGGAAACUUGCAUCGAGUUCAGAGACAUUACUCAAUCCGAUGAAAGUUUAGACAAGGACGACGACAAUAAUGUAGAUCAUGUGCCUUUUAAUGAAACCGAAGAUAGGAACAAAAAAAAUGAGUCCGUAACAGUGCAGAAUAACGAAAAAUCAACAGUUCUUACUGAAGAUGAAGAGACUACGACCAAUUCUGAACAUAAAAUGACGCAUGUAACUGAAGACACUCCAAGCCAUUUGCCCGGUCUGAGACAUAAAAGCGAUGGGAUUGUAAAACAAGCCCAUAAAAAAACACCAUCUGAAAUAACAAAAGAAACUGUGAAACGACAUGGCAAAAAGAUGUCAAAUAGGAAACCAUCGAGAAGGCAUUCAGACAAUAUGUUGAUCUUCCAACGCUCUUCUCAACCGGGAUGCCCUUGCCCUCCUUCUGGACGGCCUAAUGGAAAGACGGUACUGAAUUUGAAUGCAGAUUGUUUCAACUCCGUCAACGAUUUACUGCAUGUACUUGUGCACGUAUUGGGUUUGGACCACCAACACAAUAUGUACGACAGGGACUCCUACUUACACAUUCUAUGGAAUGACCUCACUCCAGAGGUAAAAAAAGAUAUGAAAGAAAAAUUACCUCCUGCAGCAUCAGUGGGAUUCCCAUACGACUAUCAAAGUGUUAUGCAUUACCCAUGGUUACAAAUAAAAAAUGGCUCCACCAACAUCAUGUACCCUGUCUGGAACGACGGUUGGGCGAUGGGACAUUGGCAAGGUUUGAGUUUGACAGAUGUUAACAAAAUAAAUUUUCUGUACAAGUACGAGUGCAGGAAAAGACGAGAAGAAGCUCAAAAGUAAUUUUAUUGUGAAAUAAAUGAUGGAAAUGAA